ACUUGCUCCCCGCGACAGACUGCGAACAGUUCGCUUUAUUAAUAAUUCAACCAACUCGACGCUUCCACGAGACCACGACCGGCUGAUCGCUCUGACCGGCCCCGACGCUAAUAAGGCUAUACAACUGCCCUCAUUCUUAUUCCAUUUUAAAGAGACAUUAACCUCCUUUUGUGUCGCUGAUAUUGGGGAAUAAACCGCUACCAGUAUUGAUAUUGGAGCGUAGGCUACGGCUAUCACCUCAGCAUUUUACACGAGGAUUUUUCGACAGGUCUUUGUUGCUGCGGUGUAGGCAUUUUGAUAUCUCGGCAAUGCAAUAACGAUUUUGAAGACGUCUCUUUCAUCUCGUACGCUUUGAGGAGGAGGAGGCGUGGGACCAGGGGACUCUCCGAUUGUGGAUCAAGAGUGAGAGAGGGGGACAAGGGGGAAGCAGAACGAGAAGACAGACAGUGGAGGAAGAGAUUGGGGUGUUGGUGUUAGUUUGGAUACACAUUUUGGAAACGGGAGCAGAGAGCUGUUAUUUUGAAGUGGGAGAAAAUAAAUAAACAAAAACUUACUUUCUAUCUUAUCUCCGUCCACAUAGUAUUUUAGCUAUUUGUGAGACGUUUGUUGGUGGUUCGGCGUCUCUCUCACGUCACUGAUUAGUUGCAGAACUUUCUUUCACCGCUCGGUGUUGAAGGCAGCAGGACUUGGACUCGAACGUCUGCCGAACUUAUUGGGCUGUCGACGAGCGUUGACGAUGGAUGCAACUUGUGCUAACAAAUGAAAAGAAGAAUCCAGAAUAACGAGGAGAAGUAGGGAGUCUGCUGCUACGCUGUCCUUCCUUUCCUUUUCUCUCGCAGAAGAGAAGACAAACUUUUUCAAAGACCGUUUUCUGGGCCACAGGCCGACUUGUUUAAAGGACUUGUUUUUGCUUCCGGUAACACCGAAGAAAAAACAGAGUCGCGCUCUCUCGCCCUCUUCUCUCCCUCUCGCUCUCUCUCACUUUUUUUGGAAGCAGAAUUUUUAAAGUAAAAUGGGUCUUUGAGAGAGUUGGCACAUCUCCCUGCGCUAUAAUGGCCACUGACACGUACCUGGUGAAUGAAGACCCAUCCAGAGGCCCCGGGAUGCCCGAGUGUUUCCUCGUGUCUGAUUCCUACAGGGAUGAAUUCCACCCGUUCAUCGAGGCCCUGCUGCCCCACGUCCGAGCCUUCUCCUACACAUGGUUCAACCUGCAGGCCCGCAAGCGCAAGUACUUCAAGAAGCACGAGAAGAAGAUGUCCAAGGAGGAAGAGCGUGCGGUCAAAGAUGAACUGCUGGGAGAAAAAUCUGAGAUCAAACAGAAAUGGGCGUCGAGGCUCCUCGCCAAGCUCCGCAAGGACAUCCGGCCAGAGUUCCGGGAGGACUUUGUCCUCACCAUCACCGGGAAGAAAGCCCCCUGCUGCGUCCUCUCCAACCCCGACCAGAAGGGUAAGAUCAGGAGGAUCGACUGUCUCCGCCAGGCCGACAAGGUGUGGAGGCUGGACCUGGUCAUGGUCAUCCUGUUCAAGGGCAGCCCCCUGGAGAGUACGGACGGAGAGCGGCUGGCCAAGUCGCCCCAGUGCUCCAACCACGGCCUGUGUGUCCAGCCGCAUCACAUCGGGGUCUCCGUCAAAGAGCUGGAUCUCUACCUGGCCUACUUCGUCCAGGCACCAGAAUCUGGACAAUCAGACAGCUCCAGCCAACAAGGAGACACAGACAUCAAGCCACCGCCCAAUGGGCACCUGAGUUUCCAGGACUGCUUCGUCACCUCAGGAGUGUGGAACGUGGCUGAGCUCGUCAGGGUGUCACAGACUCCUGUAGCCACAGCGUCUGGUCCUAACUUCUCCCUGGCUGACCUGGAGAGUCCCGGCUACUACAACAUCAACCAGGUGGCUCUGGGGCGACGCUCCCUCGCAUCCCCCCCUUCCACCAGGUACAUGUCUGAGGUCGAGCUGUACGCAAACCUUCCACGGAGCUCUAACAAGAGGAAGUCGUUAGACGACAGUGAGCUGGAGAGCCCCACGGAUGACGUCUUCUACCCCGGACGCUCCCCAGCCGCAGGCUCCUCCCAGUCCAGCGGCUGGCCCAACGACAUGGAUGCAGGUGGAGACCUUCAUUCCCCAUCCCCAAGCUCACACCAUGUUGACCGUCACCUGAUAAUGCAGCACCAUUUGGCCAGUGUGCAGGAGAGGAAGAUAAAACAUGAACACGAUGGAGUGCAGUUUCCUUACCAUGGACUGUCCUCGCCUGGUUCUCUUAAGAAGCCGGGGAAGUUUGAUUUCAACGCCCUGUCGCCCCAGACGAGGUCUCCCCGCAUGACGUUCACACACCACCCGCUGCCCGUGCUGGCAGGAGUGAGACCAGGGAGUCCCCGUGCCUCAGCGUCAGCUCUCCACUUCCCCUCCUCCUCCAUCAUCCAGCAGUCCAGUCCCUACUUCACUCACCCCACCAUCCGCUACCACCACCACCAGGACCCGCUCAAGGAGUUUGUCCAGUUCGUCUGCGCCGACGGCUCGGGGCAGUCCGGGGGACAGCCUAACGGAGGUGGUCACAGCCAGAGCAAAAUGCCAGGCUCCUUCCUGCUGCCCCCGCCGCCCCCAGUGGCGCGCCCCGUGCCCCUCCCCAUGCCCGAUUCUAAACCAAUCAACACGCCCCCCGACGGCGGCGGACUCAGCUCGCCCGCAUCUCCGUCAUACUCCACGCCAGGCUCCACAGCUCCCAACAGGUUUGUCAGCAUCGGAGCACGGGACAACUUUCUGAACAUCCCCCAGCAGUCUCAGUCUUGGUUCCUCUGACAAGGCCUCCGAAUCAACCGCUAGAAUUGUGUCAUGAGAAAAUUGGGAAUGGAAAAACCACACAACACACAAAACAAACCAACACUGACUACAAACAAACUGCUGACACUAAAGUAUUUUUGCUCACCAACCAACAGCACAAAAACAGAAAAUAACCCCCCAGAGGAACACCCCAUUUCCACGAUUUGAACAUUUGAACCGGAACAACCAUCUCCCGAUACAGAAGGCUGAAAAGAGAUCGGUUGAAGUGGACAGACUCAGAACGAACGACAGAACGAGGAAGAGGAGGAAGAAAGAUGAGGAAAUGUCACACACAAAACAUGUCAGAACGCAAACAAAAAUAUGCAACCUGACAACUAACUGACCAAUUUCGUUUUAUUGUUGUUUUUAUAUUUUAUUUUCACAAUGAAACUCCAUGCAAUGGCUGGGAGAUCCACCCACACACAACAGUGUAAAACAAAGACCACAAAAAACAUAGUUGGCAGAAUUUGGUCAUUUGAGCUAUAGCUAUAAACAUUGUCACCACCCAAAAGAACCCAUUCUGUAAUCCUUCAGUCUCUCCUCCUGACGGUGCUUUAUGUCCCUGCUCCCACUCUCAUCUGUCAACCAGGUGUCCAGGGUUGCCCCGGCAACACCCACAGCCUCACACACCCACAUCCGACUGACCUCACUGCCGCUUGAAUUGCUCAGCCCUGAAUCCCCUCCCUUCUUCUGAUUGGCCAAACACUGGGACACCAUCCAAUGGUGUGAUACCAUCUGCACCAGAUGGCUGGUUUUAGCUUACCCUCUUGUGAAGAGCGAUAGCCAAUAGCAUGAGCAGAGAGCGAACCCAAAACAGACAUGCAGACAUAACAGACAUGACUGACAUGACAUGACAUGACAUGACAUGACAUGACAUGACAGACAGACAGACAGACAGACAGACAGACAGACAGACAGACAGACAGACAGACAGACAGACAGACAGACAGACAGACAGACAUACAACACUAUGUGCUCUUUCGUCCCCUCACCUAUGCACUACUGAAACAAAUAAGGGAGGAAACAGAGCGAUCCAGCAGGUCGCUGAAGGCAGUGUGUGUGUGUGGGCAAUGGGCUGUGGCUCUGGCAUCCUGGCACUCACACAUACACGCACUCACGCAGACUCAAAGCACGUACACACACACACACACACACAGAUCAUCGUCUCCAGAACCCACACGUCUGGCAGACACAACUAUUCACUGACAAUAACAUAUUGUCUGUGUGUCCUUCACAGUAACAUAAUGCAUAGGAUCAACAUCAUCAUGUAAUAACUAGCUUUCUUUCUGUUUGUAGACGUUUUCUUGCAUUUCAUUUUGUUUGUCGGAUUGGUUUUGGUUUUGUCUCACUUGGAUUUUUUUGCUUAUGUUUGACCUUCUACCCUAAGAUUUGUUUUCUUUCAUCCGCUUUUUAUUUUGCAGAAAAAAUAUCAUCUUCGUUUGCAAUAACAGACAUCUCUGAAAUCUCUCACAAACACCAGUACAGGAACAUGCGACAACCCCUGCCUUGCUUCACCCUGUAACCACAGUCCAUUCACAGUAGGGCCCAGAGGAACACACGCUGACACACCACCGUAUCAAAAUGCACACAACUAACACCGUCACCCUGAUUCGAAACACAAAGGUGAGCCUUUAUAUAUGACUUUCUCCAAACUGCCUUUGAUAAUGGUUUUUCAUUCAUUUUGACAUUUGUCAUUUUUAAUUUGAGAUACCUUGUUUUUUUUCUAUUGUAAAUGUGAUUAUUAAAUUGUUAUUGUAAUUGUAAUUUUUUUUUAUCAUGACACCAUAAUUCAAACAAAAAAAGCCAAACCUCACAAAAUAACUGGACUGCCUAGCUGUUGGUUUCUUCCAUAUGCAGGGAUAGAAUUGUCUGACAGCCCAGGCACUCUGAGUUUAUAGUAAAAUUAGCUCUAUGUACUCAAAUCAUGUAUCACAACUAUAAGAAUUAAUGGAAGUGCCUCUGUACUCCCCUAUCAUGCAAUUAGUUCAAAUUCAGGUUGAUGUUUUUGUUCACAUAUAUGCUAAAGCUACAAAGAAUGGUGAUGUUUCUUCCUAUAUGGAAACCAUUGGCUAGAGGACAGAACCUUUGUAGAAGACCGCAAAAUGUUAUAAAGAGAGAGAGAGAUCUUAUACAUAUAUAUUUAUGGUAUAUGCUCCUUUUUAAACUUGACUAAAAUAAGCUUGUUGGCAGUUUAGUUAUUUUCUGAACUCUUGAGCUAGCAGAAUUCCAUGAUGGACAGCACCUCACUGUUACCAUGACAAUUCAAUGAGCACCCAUCCAACCUCCACAAAUCUACAGUGCAACAUUCAAAAAUGAAACAAAAAUGUCCAUGAUGCAAAAUAGAUGAAACAUGUCAAAAUCGACAAUGGAAAAAUUGAAGAAAAAAGUGUUUGUUUUUUGAUGGAAAGUAUUAUUAUUGAAAAAUAUGUGUCGAUUGAGCCACGUGCAAUGCAUUGGGUAGAUUCAUUGUGUUUUGUCUGUUAGAGAUUUUUAAGAAAGAUAAGAAGAAAAGAGAAAAAAAAUCUAUUUGUUUCAAGUCCGAUGUGCUCCUGGACUCUAAACUAACAGAGCCAUAUCCUAGUCUUUGUAAGUUGGGGGUAAUUGUUUUUAUUUUCCUUUAUUGUCUCUUUUUUAAUGUUUAACGUGUAAUCAUUUGUUUAUAAAAAUGUUUGGAGGGGCUGAAGGAAGAAACAUUUCUUACAAAACAUUUUUAAAAAAUUGAACAUGAAAUGAAAAACCGGUGAAAUGAAAAACCGGUACUUUUACACACUAUAAAGUACAUUCAAACUAUUACAAAAUGAAUGAUAAUGAACAAAAUAAUGACUACCUUUAGGAAACCGCAUUUAUUAUUCCUCUUCUCUAUUUCUAUUCCUUCUCCUGUUUGUAAUAUUGAGUGGAGGGAGGGGUUCCUAUUCCUUCCUAUAUUCCUCUAGUAGGUUGUGAAACAAAAGGCAUUUUGGUUCAACCUUUAGAUAGGACGAGAGCUGUACUGUAGGCUUAUCAAUGCCCACAACAAAUACUUCUGAUUUCGCCCAGAUUAUUAUACUCCUCUCUCCGAGUCUGAGCAAGGAAAAAAAAGAAAAAUGUCAGUUUAGAAUUUGUUUCAUUUGAGGAGCCUGUCAGAACCAUGACGUAAUGAUAGAAAUACAGUAGGCCUAUGCAAAGUGAGCUUCCCUCCACCCCUUCCUUCUCCACCCUCUCCCUCAUUCCCCUGUAAAUUCACCUUGACUAGUGCUUGUGCUGUAGUGUAGUUUCCCAGCAGUUAAAGGUUGUCCCUUAAAAGUGCCUUUUGUUCACAGACUCCAUUUUGUAAUCCAGAUCGCUCCCCUUUCAUUCGAAAUAAUUCAAGGUUGAGGUGGAAGUGCCCCUAAGUGCAGAUAUAGGAUCAGUUUACUGUACCCCAUAUCCUGACCUGAACCAUUAGGAAGGGAUAUGCAAAACUGACCUUAGAUCAGUGCUUAGUGAGUAACUUAAGCCGACCUCCACCUUUCAAAAAUGAUCCCCCUCCAUUGUAUCAACCUUCCCAUAAAUCCUUUCCCUUUUCAAAAUCCGUAUAUAUAUAGUACAAAAGGAAACUGGUGUGAAUUAGUUCUUUACUUUUUAUUGAUAAAUGAUGACAAAAAAAUACUGAAAAGGAAAAAAAACUUGUUCUCGUUCCCCCUUGCUCUCUGGCUUUUUUCUUCUUCCCUCCGUCUCCUCCUCUCCUCUCCUCUGUCUAUCUGUUCUCUCGUAGACACUGGAGUAGUCUGUAACUGUGUCCUCUCUCUCCUUCCCCCCUCCCUCCCUUCCUUCCUUCUGUUAAUGGAAGGGGUUGUUGAAAAAAAAAUGGCCGAAACUUUUUGUCUUGAGCAGAAUGCAGUUAGCUUACGUUAUUCUUGUCUGUAUUGCCUCUUCUUCACAUUGUAUACCAUUACCCAUCCUCUUCAGCUUCUCCAUUCAAACAGCUAAUGUAAGUGAACAAAUUACACCAAUGGGCUUUUGGGGGUGCGCCUGCCCAGUGUAGGGUAGGACUGGGUGUUAGGGGUUAUGGGGGUAAAGGUCUUAGGGGGUCAAUAAUGUUGGGGUAAAGGAGAAAUUAUAGGGGUACCUUUUGGGUGUUGGGGAGGGGGGGCUGCUGUUCUGCUGUGACAAGUUAAGAGUUUAUUUUUAUUUAUUUUGUUUUAUUUUAUUCCUUUAUUUUAUUUUAGACUUAAUUUGGAUUUUUGCUUUCAUAGUUCCUAUCUAUCAGGGUAUGCCGUCAUUGAAACUCUAAGAGAGUCUUGGACUGUAAAUGAAAUGCUACAAGCACCUUAUAACUACUGGCUGAGAAAAGGGGGUUUGCAAUACUACCAGCACACACACACACCUAGUCAUGUAUCAAAUACUCUAAACUCUUGUAUUAUUAUUGUGAGGUUUUAUCUAGUGAAGCCAGCAGCAGUAUUAGCCAUUGGCAAAACACAGACCACAACCCACCAUAUAGAGCCAGCAUGAACCAGGCUUGAGGCAUACUCUCAAGUGAAGCGUAGAGAUAUCAGUUUGAAUGCCAGGCUCUAAAAACUCUGUUCCGUUUUGAGAUUUGGUUUUGUUUUGUUGUUUUUGUUUUGUUUAGUGGUGUCUAGACAGUACGCCCUUUGACCCCCGACCCUACGCCCUCAGAGCAGAAGAGCCCCACUCAUGCCUGUAGCUCUGUCUGAAAUGGCACCCUAUUCCCUACAUAGUGCACUACUUUUUCACUAUUCCCAUAGGGUCCUGUUCAAAAGUAGUGCACUAUGUAGGGAAUAGGGUGCCAUUUUAAAUGCAUCCCAUGUCUUUGUGUAUAAGAAACACCCCCAGAGCUCUAUAGGUGAAAUGCAUGUGUUAAUUACAGUUUCUUUUCCAUAAGAAGAAAAACACAGUUUGAGCAGAGCAGCACCUUGAUUGAAUAAAAGGAUGUUCUUGACUGUA